UUUGAGCCACAUGCCAGACCAGUUGGUGGCGCUAAUGCACCGACUCGGUGUUUGGCUGCCGCCAAUAAACACCAAAGAAGAAGAAGCAGAAGCACUUCAGGUUCCAGAAAGCCUCGCGCGCUCUGUGUUGUUUGUUGUGGCUGCUUCGCGAGCGUCCGCUGGCGUUUUUCCUAAAGAGCUAACGGGUCACCGAGCGGCUGCAGCACGAAGCGCUCUCUGUGGUUUUCGACGUUUAUUUCGUAGAUUAGUUUGAAUUGUUUGUUCGGGUCAUCCUCACGGCGUCGUGCGCACACUCGCCAACAACAAUCCCACUGUUUACUUGUUCGGCGUGUCUUUAACAGCCACGGAAAAGUGAUGCUGUGCUUAGUGGAGGAUUUUAUGUCGAGCAAAAGCCAUCAUGUUUGCAGAACGGUAGUUCAAACUCCCGAUAACGACAUGAAGCACUAGCUACCAGCUGUCUGAGUGCUUGGACCGCUUCCUCUUUCGGGCACCGAGCAGUUGUCGACGAUUUCAGGUCGUCUGCUCCAUGAUGGCGAUGUUUAGGAGCUUUGUGUCGGCGAGCUCCCAGCUCCGCCAGCAGCAGCAGCAGCAGCCGAACGGCCGCCCGGGUUCGCUUGCAGCCCCGGCGGAAAGCAUCGAGAGCCAGUUCUCCUGUCCCAUCUGCCUGGAGGUCUACCACAAACCCGUCAGCAUCGCCAGCUGUGCUCACACGUUUUGUGGGGAGUGUCUGCAGCCCUGUCUCCAGGUGACGUCACCUCUCUGCCCUCUCUGUCGCGUGCCCUUCGAUCCCAAGAAGGUGGAGCGGUCCUCCAGUGUGGAGAAGCAGCUGGCUUCAUUUAAAGCACCCUGCAGGGGUUGUAACAAGAAGGUGGCUCUAGUAAAGAUGAGGACCCACAUUGCUUCCUGUUCUAAGGUGCAGGAGCAGAUGGCCAACUGUCCCAAGUUUGUUCCUGUGGUGCCCACCUCCCAACCUAUACCAAGCAAUAUUCCAAACCGGUCAACAUUUGUGUGUCCGUUCUGUGGGGCCAGAAACCUGGACCAGCAGGAACUGGUGAAGCACUGUAUGGAAAACCAUCGUAAUGACCCAAAUAGAGUGGUAUGUCCAGUGUGCUCAGCCAUGCCGUGGGGAGACCCCAGUUAUAAGAGCUCCAACUUUCUUCAGCAUCUUCUCCAUAGACACAAGUUCUCAUAUGACACGUUUGUUGACUACAGCAUUGAUGAAGAGGCAGCGCUGCAAGCAGCUUUGGCACUAUCACUGACUGAAAACUGACCGAGGUCACACCGCUGCCCCCUCAGCACUUCUGAUGUUCCUUCUUGAAGGUCGAAGGUAUCAUCCACCCAGCAGACACAGCUGAGCUAGCCUGGUCCAUAGAGUCUGUACAGAAGCUCCACCACAGAGGAGUCCAGCCAGCUGUGGACUCAGUUCAUACAUGCAAACGUUCGUCACUACUUUAUUUGGUGAUUUGAAGAGAAAGCUGGACAGUUUUCAGUAGGUCCAGUGACUCUAUUCACAUAAGUUAUAUUAACCUCUCUGUUUGGUUUUUUUGAACAAUCUAAGCAAAAACCUAAAACAUGUUUGUUUUUUAAAUAAAUUCCAGUCUGCAUCUUUUUGCUCUGCCUAUCCUCAGCUUCACUUCACAGCUGCAAUAAGGAUCACAUGAAGGGCUACCUUCCUGGAACCUAUGAAUAGGACACAUACUGCUGACUGUAAAACCCUCACAAAGGUUCAGGCCUCUGAUUGGCUGAUGCUCGAGGUUAGAUCUCAGAAAGCCCAGUGAACAGAGCCUGCAGAGUUAAAGGUAACAAACCUUUGCUUGGACCUUCAAGUGGCCACAUAGUUCUGUAGUAAGCUGCUGGAAACCCACUGAGUGCUGAUCUGCUCGUUAUCUGCUCAGCACAGCCACCCUGUGUCCAUCCUGGCAGAGCAGGUCAACUGGAAGGUUGGUGGUUCCAUCCCCGUCUGCUCCAGUCUGCAUGCCAAAUACCCUUGGGCAAGGGACUAACCCCACGUUGCGCCCCGAUGCAUCCGUCUGUGUCAGUGUCAGAGAGAAAGCACUUACAUGGAAAGAGCACAGAAGAAAGUGCUUGUUUGUGUGAACGAAGCAAGUUUAGGAAAGCGCUCUAGAAGGUGCGAGUUUGACGGCCGCUCUGUUGAACUUGAUGCAGCCGACGUGUUUCUGUAACUUUUGGACUCGACUGUGUUUCAGCGUAAACAGCCGCAGCACAGCGUUUCCUGUUCUUUCCUGUCAGAUUGCUGCAGUUUUGUCAGGUUUAGUUUGACAGUUGACCAAACAUUUGAGCAGCUCUGACCUGUGAGCAGAGCAGAGGACUUCAGAUCAACCAGUGAGCAGCCUGUGCCGAGGUUAAAUGAACUGGUUCAUUGUUUUGAACGUGGCUGUCAUUAGGUCACCAUAGCAACCUGAACACAACAGAGUCGGGGCAGGUUAUGUUCAGUUUAAAGUCAAAAGCGAGUAAAAUGAACUUUGAUCAGCCCACACAUGAUGUAAUGUCCACAUCCUUCAGACUCGGCUGGACGAUGUCAGACAUGAAUGUUGAGAUUUUAAAAUGUAUCUGCGUUUGAACGUGCCGGAGUAUUUUCAGAAUGAACAUAUUCCUACUGGGAGCACACUAAAUAAAAAUAAUAAUUCACAAGGUUUUUACAACAUUGCCUUCUUUGUACUUUUCUCUGUCGCAUGUUCCUCUGACAGUGUUUCUGACUGGAGCACACGCUUGUGCAGGUGUUUCCUGUUGAAAGCCUGAGUUAUCCACCAUGGUCUGCGCUCUAACCUGGGUUGUAACCAGCAAACCUGGCUAUGCAGAGCUGUCAAAACUAACUGACAGCUACAGAGCUGUGUUGUUGGACUGUGGGUUGGUGUCUUGCUGAAAUCACCUGAAGAAGAUGACAGCACUGCAGCACAUGUUGCUCCAAAACCUCCAUUCAGGAUUAAUGGUGCCUUUAUAAGUCUUGCAUGCACAAUGCACCAGAGGAUACACUGUCUGUGAUUUCAAACUUUGUUUGGUUGCACCAACACACAGCUAGGAAGAUUUUCCAGAGCCCGUUUAUUAGAUGGUUUUCAGCUUUUUCCUUUAAAUACCGAUUAAUCUGCAUGUUCUGACUCUGGUGGCCUUGCACCAGAGUCUUUGCAGUUUGAUGAAUCUUCUUCAUUUCUUGUGCUAUUUGGCAACAAGUGUGAAUUGAAUUAUCAGAGGAGGCUGGAUGGAUGGAUGCAUAAACACAUGUUUACUGUUUCUCUCCAGGGUUUCAGGCACUUUGUCCCUGUAAUAACAGCAAAAAUCAAAGUUCUGUGAUGAGUCGCUGCAGCAGAUCAGACAUCUGUUAAAUAUUACACACGUAUUCUGCUGUAAGCUCCGCCAUCAUGUUCAAAAACAUAACGUACGAUGAGAGGCUGGCAUACGUUUGUAUGAUUUCAUAAUGUGUGUGUGUCUGACAUGUGCGCCCUGUGAGAUUGAAUUAUUAUCACAUAUGUGCUAAAAUAUUGUAAGCUGGUGUAUUUGUCUAGCUAUGUUUGUAGCUUAUCCAUUUCAGUGAAGGCUUCAAUGCAGAUAACAGGAGCGAGCUGACGAGACCAUCACAGUUUAACAUUAUGAUCACACAUGUUCACCUUUGAUGGCUCCUUUUAUUUAAUCGUGGGAAUAUUUGCACUCGUCUGACUGAUGUUGGUUGGAAACAUUCAGCCUGGAUAAAAUUGGACCCCCCACUUUACAGCUCUUACUGUGAGAAAUGUUUUUAUGAUGCAUCUGCUGAGACUGACAAGGACAAAAUGAUAUAUUUUUGGAAACUGUUUGAAACCACUGAUAUGGCUCAGGCAUGUGUCUGCAGCCAGCGAUUAACACAAAUAGGAAUAUUGUAAUGACCUAGUUUAACCAAUAGAUGGCAGUCCCUCUCCAGACAUGCAGCGCUGCAGUGAAACCAACAUAUUCAUGUGGAAGUCCUGUUUGACACACAGGUAGGCGGUAGAGCAGAUCAGACGGUACUCUCCACAAAGCACACGUCGUCAUUCUCACUUCAGUCAUUCGCUUGUUUCCUGUUCUUUCUGAUUUUCCAUGUAAAUGUGAUAAGAGUGUUUUGUUAGAAGUUAUGGGAACCUGUAACAUUACUGUGGUUUGUAUGGAGAAAACUGAGCUGAACAUUUGAACAGUAGGCCCAUUGGAGUAAAAUAAAAACAGUAAGCACAUUGAAAAAGAGAAAAGGUUUUAAUGUUUUUGUGGUCCAGUUAAUUUUAAUACACUGGGAUUGCUCUUUAUCUACAGAGAAACUGACCAUUAAAUAGGACUUUACAGCCAUCUGCUGAACCCUGUGUAGGUCCAGCUCCUUCCUUCCAAAACGACUGCGACCCCUGCGUUUGGAUGAUUGGGUUGGGAACUGUUUGCUGGAAUAUUGUCGUUGUUGUCCUGCUGUGAAGCCAGGUGGGACUCCCUGGGUGAGUGGUACAUCCUGCACCCAGUGUUUUAAUGUUGGGAGUGUUCAGGGAGCCUGGUUUAAUUUACAUUCAGUAACACACUGAGAUAAGAUUUAAUGGUUUCUGAUGCAAUAGGGAAAAAACCAUUAUUUUUGCCCAUUUGUCAACAGAUUAUCCACACACAGCUGUGUGUGACCUGUAACCUGUAAUAAAUCAUUUGAAACUUGUUGCAACGGUCUCUUCCAGGAUCACACUAUCUCCAUUAACAGUGCUCAUUAAAUAGUUUGACGAUGAUGAUGAUGAUGAAACAUACAGUUUGGGAUGUUUUGUUCCAACAUGUUAGAUCAGAUUUCUGCAGAACACCAAAUAUGAGAAGAUCUUUGGAAGCACAGUGUCCUUCAGUCUACUGCCAGGGACCACUGAUCCUGCUACAGGACAGACUUUAUGCUGUUUGUAAAUAGAAAUGUCACCAUAUCAGAUACAAACUGUUAGAGAGAGACAGGUGUUCUGGUCCAAAUCUGACGUUAUUGUUUGAACUUGGAGAUUAAAGUGUAAUAAGUGCGUUUAGACAGUGAAGCAGGUUUUUGCAUCACGUUGACGUGUAUCGGUCCACUGAGUGUCUUUGCAGCCGUGUGUGAUGAUAACACAUGAUAACAGACUAUGUGAACAGUGUGUAGAUCCUGUGUGGUGCCAGUCACCAGGAUUGUCCACAUCUGUCUCCUCUCCAUCAUUUAUGAUUUAGAGUUAAACAAAUAUUUACCUUGUUGUCAGUCAUGUGUCAGAAAUAUUCAUCUGUGUUAUUUCUUCUGCCUGUGAACUUGGUACAAAAAGAUUUGACAUCAGUUUUAUUUGUUGGUGGUGAUUUUGGAGAUCAUUUUCAAAAUGCAGACAUGAAAUGUUUCUAAUACUGGUUUGUACAUGAGGAGGUUUCAGCCUCUUCAGGAACAGUAGUUCUGUUUGUUCAUUCAUGUAUUUGCAGUCUUGUGUUUGUUAUUUAUGUUUGUUUGCAGCUUGAUUUUUACCUCUGAACAAUGUUCUGAUUUUUAUUUUGUCACGGUUUGUGUACCGACUCUGCUUUUUGAGCUCUUCAGUUGAAAUAUGAGUACUCUGGUUUGAAUACCUGUGUUUGUGCUGUUGCACUGAAAAUUGAAACAGAUUACAGUAGCUCCAGUGUCACAUCUAUGGAGACCAAAUGAAGGGCAACAGAAAAGGUUAUUUACACUAUCAGACACUGCUACGUCUAAAUAGUAAAAUCAUAAUAGUCAUAAUAGUAAAAGGGUUCACUGUGCAUUAAUCAGUUAAUAUUUAAUGCAAACACAGAGGUGCAUGAAAACUGUCUUUUAAAAGGAUCUUCAGAUUAUUUUCAAAGGGUUCUCAAGACACGUUUCAGUCUCUUCCUCCUGUCUGUACCUGCGCUGUAAGAUCAGUUCAAGCUCACAGAGGCUUCGUUAGUUUAUCGUGUGUUGGUUUUUUGGGCUGUCCAGUCCGACCCUACCCAAACCCUGAACACGGAGACGUUUGGUUAUGCAGUGAGCACCACUCCUCUGCCUCAGCAAAGAAACACUGACUGUAUGAAGAGUAAAUGAAUGUAGUUAGAAGGCUGUCCCUCUCUAAUAACAGAAAACGAUGUAAAAGAUGGCGCAGCCUCCGUGGGAAGCAGAGCGGUUUACCGUCGCUACCUUAAGCUUUCUGAAAUCAAAUGUAUGAAAGCACAAACUCACGUUUACCAGCUAACAACUUGUGAUAAGUGUUAGCCACAUUAGCAUACUUUUUAUUUUCCUUUCUGACAGAGCUUUGAAUUUUUCAGCUCAUGAGCUCAUCAGAGAAGAUCAGUGAUCUUUACAACCAUACACCUGUUUGCAACAGUGGAGUCUCCCCCUGCUGGCCAUCAUGAAGAAUGCAGGUUUAGGCUAAUUGCAUUCUUUACUUAGUCACACCCGGAAGCUUUGUCCAUCUAUGCACUGUAGAAACUAAACCCAUACUGUGGGUUGUAGUGCAAAAGUUACAUGGGUGUGUGCGUGACACAUGAAUGUUGUGUUAGCAUACAUGAGGAUUAUUGUUGUUUUCGCCUUAAAUGAAAUGAAAAUCAGUGAAUAUAUCAAACAUUUGCUUUUUGUGGGGAUCAUUGUUAUUUAUACAUCCAACAUCAAGUGAACGGUCAAAGAAACAACAAACUGUUAUGAUGGUGUCUUCAACGUAAGGAUCAUUCAUAUACAAUACAGUAGUUUUUAGAAUGAUGUGUUGUAGUUAAUGUUUUUAGCUAAUAUAGUAAGAAACCAUUUGCCAGGAUUACGUCAUUAUUACUCAGUUUAUUCUUGAUUGUGUUCUCAUCUGGAUCAAAAUCACAGUUACAGACAAACCAACUGAAAUGGUUUCGUAUUCGAUACGUCACAGCAUUUUAUUUUCUUCUCAUGCUCUUUAGCACAUUGUCACAGCCUCACGCGAGCCUCGAGCUGCCGCUCUGAUUUCCUCAAUUUGCUCGAUACAUUUUUGAUUUAAUUGUUCACAGAGUGACUGCGUGGGGUGUAAAAUCCGAGGGAACCCCAAACCUGACUCGUCCGUCCUUGAUCUGUUUAAUCUGUGGUUUUGGUGAGCAGUGAACUUUAUUCUCCAAUGAUGGUGUGUAUUUUUGCCCUAAACUUUUGUCCUAUCUGAGAGCAGUUUGUUCUUCUUUGUGUUGCUCUUCCAUCGGCACCAUUCUGUUUUUCUUACAGGGAACUUAAAUAAUUCAGUGAGAUACAGAGACUGCUGCAGAUUUGCUGUGACCGCCUCUUUCAGGACUGCAGAUUGUGCUCUUGGUGCGACCUUUGAAGAACAGAUAAACACUAUAGACGGGGUGACGUUGAACCCUAAAUCCUUAAGUGGACACAAGCUUAUGUAGAGCAAAACUGGAGGUUUAUGUGCGUCUAUCACAGUGUAGAAAAAGAAAGAAGGGUAAGAGUGAGAUGUGAGCAGAUUUCCUUAAAAUAAAGUUCUUAUAAAGGAGCCAUCGUCUCCAGUGUUUGAUAGAAACACAACAAAUUGGCGAGUGAAGGAUGAGCACCUCAGUACCGAGCCUGCCACCUGUCCUGAAAUCGUGACCCAGUCUGCAACAAUGCUCAGGUACAUUGUAUGUGUCAGAAUAUCAUCCUCAUGGACAGAACCCAAGGUUUCCCAGUAGCAAAACUGGCACUGCCUCUGCCGCCUUGCCUUUUUCCCAUAGGGCAUCCUGGUGCCUGGUAUUCCCAGGGAAGUCAUGCACACGCACCCUGCCAGAUCAUUCAUCAGACCAGGACACUUCCCAUUGUUCCAUGGUCUAGUUCUGAUGCUCACGUGCCCAUUAUGGGUUGCUUUAGGCAACAGACAGGGGUCAGCACGGGCUGGUCUGCAGCUAUGCAGCCGUUAUACACAACAAACUGGGAUGCACUGUGUAUUUUAACAUCUUUCUAUCAAACCCAGCAUGAACUUUUUUGACAGUUUCAUUGGAUCAGACCACACGGCCCGGCCUUCACUCCCCACCUACAUCCGUGUGCUUUUUAAUUAACAUUCGCUAUAAUAUUAAGAAGUGAGCGUUAUGUCUGUCCCAUGUUUUACUGAGCAGCCAACCAGCAAGAUGUGAGUACUUCCAGUAUAAUGACUGGCUGAGCAUGUGAUGAUGUUGGAACUUUGCUGGAACUGCAGAGAAAUUUAGAAUCAGAAACAAAAUAUUGUUUAGAUGUUGUAAACUGUACUGAUUAAGGUUUUUAAGCACUGUGUACACGUGUUCCACACCAUUCAAAUAAUAAGGAAUAAAAAAAAUCAACAAAUGUUAAAUCCAUGUGCUCUCUGCCAAUUCUCCAUUAACAGCUUCUCCAGGCAUGCAUGGUCUCCGUUAUCACAAGAAUAUAAUUUCUCUGUAAUGUUCUGAAGGUCUGCAAAUCAGGACAAAAUACACCAAAACUAUCGGCAUGGAGAGAUGCUACUAAAAAUUAUGUUAUAAAAACCAAGCUGUUAACAGAUUAAUUAUAAAAGAUAUGAAAAGUCAUACACUCUUCCUGUUGAGAUAGGGUGUUGCAGCUUAAUUUGGGAUAGUUGGAAAUGUUAGCAUGAAGCACCCGUUGCAGCUUGAUCAAGCUACACAGAUAUAGUUAGCUUCACUUUCCCGUCUGUUUCUAUUUUUCUUUGUAUGUUUGGAUUUUUUUCCUCCGUCAAGAAGGUUUUCAUUGUUUACCUGCAUCUUUGUCUUUUAGCAAGGUUAUGUUAAAGCUACCAGGCCACAUUUGUUACUCAAAAUAUGUUGUGGUGCUGUUUUAUUAUAUAUGAUGAGGAUAAUGACUGAAAACCAGGAUAUUUGCUUUGAUGCAGAGCUGCAUAUCUGUGAAAUGCGAGCCACUGCGUUGUGUGUUUGUUUUUAGUUUCAUGGUAGCUUCACACUUUUCCACUGAACCAUUUAACGUCAUCUAAUAAUCGUUUAUUACAGGAUGCUGUUUAAAUUCUUUUUGUUGUGUAGAUUUAGCUUUACAUUUACUUUAUUGUAUUUUAUUUUUUAGUUCAUUUGAGUUUGUUGUCAUAUUAUGUGUGACCAUAACUUAAAAAGUUAUUGUCAUAGUUAUAGUACGUUAUUGACACACAUGGUUUCAUUUUAAGAUGUCAUUCUAAAUACCAGGCUAUCAUGUUACAUUGUAUCAUGUACAUUACAUUAAUGAACAAUAAACGUAAACAAUAAACAAAGCUAGUUUGUUUGGAGCAUCAAAUGCAGAUUAAAAUGACAGUGUGCCGUUUCUUUUAUGAAAUAAAAAAUAAGUGAAAUCUUUUUUUAAUUUAUUUUUAUUUAUUUAUGCAUUUGUUUUUAUUUUGUUAUUGUAACAACACCAUGCAUGAAAUGAUAUCUGGAUCCAGAGGAACAUCUGGAUCAGGAUUAGUUUAUGUUUUCGUAAGAGUAUCAACUCAUUGUCUCACAGUUUGUUAUUUUAGUUUGAGAUUUUAACGUAUUUGUCAUGUCAAGUUUGGUCAUGGGUGAAUGUAGCACACACUGUGUUUGAUUUGAAUAAAAUUCACUUCAUAACCGUA